AUGGCAGCCGGUUGCAUUGUGGUGCCUCUCAUCAUACCGAUUCGAAUCCCCCCUCCUGGUAAAGCCAAGCAUGAGAUAGACACCACAACUCCUGUUGAGCUCAAAUCAGAUACCCCAGAUGUCACUAUCUACUACACUCUGGAUGGUACUAAACCAGAGGUGACGAAGAGACCAGGGUUUGGAGAGAACAGCACUUUGAAGUAUAGCGGACCAAUACGCUUACCUGAGGGCAAAGUGUCAGUCAAAGCUCUGGCUAUCACCAGGGAUGGUCGAGAGAGUGCCAUUGUCACCAAGCUAUUUCUGGUGGAGUAUGUGCCCUCAAACGAGCCACCUUCCAUUGAGGACAAGGAAGAUCACUUUCUGAAGGAGUAUGAACGAGACCUCCCUAGGCAGGAGAUGGGGACAGCGAACGGUUCUGGAGAUGCCUCACUGAAACUUCAAGUGCCAAAGACCUACCGGCCCCCUAAAGGUCCACGGUUCCUCAGCAGCCGUCUAGGGCUUGUGUCCCCUGCUCCGGAGCCCAUGUCUUCACAUCGUUCUCAGACACUGAAUGCAAGCUUGGAAGACAGUCCCUUCAAAAACCUAACCAGCACUCAAAUGUCAAGGAUCCAAAGGGAGACAGACUUUCUGAGGUGUGCGAAGUGCUUGAGCCAUCGCCCCUCAGACCCCUUUGCCCGCUUUUGUCUGCAGUGUGGCACCGCUGUGCUGCCUGUGCCAGGCCAGAGGCUGCCACCCACAGAGGGUGGACAGAUGGGCUUGUGUGUCCACUGUAAAACAAUGGUGCCUGUCAACACCCCCACAUGUGUGGUAUGUGAGGCCCCCAUGAGCCCCCAGCUCCAGCCUCAGGCCAGCUUAAGACUCCAGAACAAGGUGAUCUGUCCGUCAUGUGGAACUGGAAACCCUCCGCAUAUCUCAAAUUGUGUCACCUGUGAAACUAAACUACUGCAGCCACCCACUGCUGAUUUGGGUGGUCAGAGUGCCCCGCCACUUCCAUCUGGAGCAGGCAAGAUGAUGUCCUGUUCUAAGUGCAGCCGGGUCAACCACUCGGAUGCGCGCUUCUGUGACUGGUGCGGUUCCAAGCCUGGCCAUUCAGUCAGCUGUUUGAUCUGCUCCCGGUGCGGAGCGAGCAGCCACCCCUAUGCCAACUUCUGUGGCUCCUGUGGGGUGUUUCUGGAGGGGCCACCUAGGGGGGAGUCACGUGCCAGCCUUGCCUAUUCCAUGGGGGGGAAACUGGAGUUGGAGCGAAUGUCCACUCACACCUCUGACGGUGCCACUGCCAACUGGCAGGCUGUGCCCUCCUCCGUUUCCCCCGGUGUGGCGUUGGCCCCGGCACCAGCACGGGCGGACCAGCAGACUCAGACGGUGGGCUUGUUCUACCCGUCGGGCACUGAAGUCCACAGGAAGGGCCAGCAGGUGGCGCUGGAGCUGAGGAGACAGGAGCAGAUGAGGGACCGCAGACCACUGCUCACAGCUAUAAGCCCAGGCAGAGGGUACUGGAGGAAGCAGCUGGACCAUGUGUGUGCUCACCUGCGCAGCUACACUCAGAACAACACUGAGUUUCGAGCUCUCAUAGGGGAGCCUCGCAUGGGCCGGAUGGUUUCAGCUGUGAUCCAGGAGGACAACUAUGAAGUCAGUUUGAGGAUCAACUUUGUCUCCGCUGGACUUGAAAAAACUAAGUCCUGUCAGGUAGACGGGACUGAGAAGCCCCUUAUCCUAUCAGAGAACCAGAACCUCAGCAGUGUGACGGAAGGCAUGAGCGGCCUAUCAGCCAGACAGACCAGCCUGGGUGAGAAAGGGAGUGAGAACGCUACCUCAAAGUCUGCAGCUUCCAGGAGAACAGUGAAAAACCUCAGUCAGAGCUGGACCUCUGACGUUGCACAGAAACCGCCUCCAUCCAAAGACAGUCUGCUUCUGAGGGAAGUUGGUCCAGACGGGAGGGGGGAGAUCUCUGUGGUCCAGCAACUGCUUGAUGAGGGUGCAGAUCCCUCAUGCCAGGGGUGCGACGGACACCCUGCCCUGGUUGUUGCUGUGCUGCACGAGCACCACGAGGUCCUCCCUGUGCUGGUACAAAGGGGAGCUGACGUCAACCGGCAGUCUGGGCCGGUGAACAACACCGCUCUGCAUGAGGCUGCUGCUCUUGGGAGUAAGGGCUUACAGUGUGCAGAGACACUAUUAGGAUGCAACGCCAGCAUUCGGAAGAAGAACGACAGAGGUCUGACGGCCUAUGACUUGGCGGUCACUUCAGAUUGCAGCCCUUUGGUGUCUCUACUAGCUGCUAAGAUGGGUCAGGGCAUGCUAGACAGACUGGUCAAACCUAGGACUCACCCAAGCCUAGAUGCAUUCUGAUGACAGAGAGAAUUGUGAGCGGCCCCCAAAUGGCACCCUAAAGUUCACUGCUAUGGGCCCUGCUCAACAGUGCACUAAAUAGGCAACAGGGUCCCAUUUGGCAUGCAACCUUUUCUCCAUGGUGGCCUUAUUUUCUGAAUUGACCAUUCAUCAAUUAUCUUGAAUCUCUGUUAAUCAAUUAUAAUUUCCAGAAAUUGGAUUGAUAAGGAAUUUACCCCAACCUUAUGUACUGUAGUGCUACAAACAUCUACAACCGUUUGAGGAAAAACACCAAUUUCUUGUAAAUUGCUAAUACUAACAAAACAAUCGAACCAAUGCCUUCACUGACAGAUUUGUUGUUUUGGCUCUGUACUCCAGCGCUUUGCAAUAAAACAAUAACUUAUGUUUAAGUGCAGACGGUUCGCUUUAAUUUUAGGGUAUUUUCAUCCAUAGAAAUUACAUCACUUUUUGUAAAUAGUCCCCUCAGUUUAAGGAACCAAAAGUAUUUGGACAAAUACACUUAAUCAGAAAGUAUUCAUACCUGUUGACUUAUUCCAAAUUUUGUUGUUACACUCAGAAUUUAAAAUAGAUUACAUAUUUUUCUCUUACCCAUCUAUAAACAAUACCUCAUAAUUACAAAGUGAAAACAUGUUUUUAGAAAUGGUUUAUUGAAAAAUAUACACAGAAGUAUCUCAUUUACAUAACUAUUCACACCCAUUCAGGAACAUUCACUAUCUUCUUGGUAAGCAACUCCAGUGUAGAUU